AUGGGUGCUUGUGCUUCAUCAACUAGGGACUCGAAAUCAGGCAAAGCUGCUGGAGGAGGAAGGAGCAGGAACAGAGGCUCAUCGACAGCCGCCAAGGUGGUGGACAUUGAUGGUCGGGUUCAAGAGUUGAGGCAACCAGUCCAGGCCAGGAACAUCAUAUCCCAGAAUCCAAAUUGCUUCCUUUGCAGCUCGGAGUCGAUGGCCAUUGGGACUUGCGUGCCCCAAGUCCCAGAUGAUGAGGAACUCCAACCUGGACGGGUUUACUUCUUGUUGCCACUCUCCCACUCCCAUAAACCUCUUUCUUUGCCGGACUUGUGUGCUCUUGCCAUAAAAGCUAGCUCCGGCCUAGGUAAAUACGGUGUUGAUCUCUGCUCAACUAAUUCAAAGCUCAUUCCCAGAAAUGUGAUUAAUAUUUAUGCCAUAGCUUGUAAAAGUCGAUGCUCUGGAAUGGUAUUUCAGUUUCUUCAGAAAAAGAAACAGUAG